AAACAGACUAAACCGGGAGAGCAGUUAAAUAAUGACAAAAGAAUACACAAUUCUGAAAUUGGUGUUGAGUGGUCACCUAGAUUGGAUGUUGCAAAAUCAAAAGAUAAUUAUGUUAUCAGGGUGGAAGUUCCUGGUGCGAGUGUUGAUGACAUAAGAGUGGAGGUUGAUGAUCAAAAGUUAUCUAUCAAAGGUAGACGCUCUAGUAGUUCUUGGAAAGUAGCAGGUUGUCCAAAUGGUUGUGCAGUUUCUUCAUAUCUUAAGAGAGAGAUACCAUAUGGACCAUUUGAGGUGGUGUGGCCACUUCCUAUUGGUGUGAACAAGGACAAUAUCUCAGCUGAAUUUUUGGAUGGAUUUCUACAAAUUAUAGUUCCUAAAGUUUGAAGCUCAGUAAUAUUGAUCAUAUACAUGUAUACAUAUAUAAUAUAUAAUGUAAGUAAUAAUGAACAAAUCCUCCAUCCAUGUAUGUAUAAGUACAAAGUGAAUCAUAUAAUUAAUGUGAGAGUGAAAUAUUAGAAAUAAAGCAACCAAAUAAGUUAUCCA